AUGGAGAAUUUACCAAGGGUUUUUUUUUAUACCCUGCUGCUAUUUUUGUGGGUUUCUACAGUCACAGCCUCGGUGACUUAUGAUCACAAAGCCAUUCUUGUCAAUGGGCAGAGAAGAAUUUUGAUCUCUGGCUCCAUCCACUACCCCAGAAGCACACCUGAGAUGUGGCCAGACCUUAUUCAGAAGGCCAAAGAUGGAGGCUUAGAUGUUAUUCAAACCUAUGUGUUUUGGAAUGGACAUGAACCUACUCCUGGAAACUAUUAUUUCGAGGAUAGAUACGACUUGGUCAAGUUCAUCAAGGUGGUGCAGCAGGCUGGUCUCUAUGUUAAUCUCCGUAUUGGUCCCUUCGUAUGUGCUGAGUGGAACUUUGGGGGGUUUCCUGUUUGGCUCAAGUAUGUUCCUGGUAUUGCUUUCAGAACAGACAAUGAACCUUUCAAGGCGGCAAUGCAAAAAUUUACUGAGAAGAUUGUCAGCAUGAUGAAGGCGGAGAAAUUGUUCCAGACGCAGGGAGGUCCAAUAAUUAUGUCACAGAUAGAAAACGAAUUUGGACCAGUGGAGUGGGAAAUUGGUGCUCCUGGAAAAGCUUAUGCCCAAUGGGCUGCUCAAAUGGCUGUGGGUUUAGAUACAGGCGUCCCCUGGAUUAUGUGCAAGCAAGAAGAUGCUCCGGAUCCUGUUAUUGACACCUGCAACGGAUACUACUGUGAAAAUUUCACUCCUAACAAGGACUACAAACCCAAAAUGUGGACAGAGAACUGGAGUGGCUGGUACACUGCGUUUGGUGGACCGGUCCCUCGUAGACCUGCAGAAGACAUGGCCUUCUCAGUUGUAAGAUUCGUACAGAAUAGUGGUUCAUUUGUUAAUUACUAUAUGUUCCAUGGAGGAACUAACUUUGAUAGGACAUCAGGUGGCCCCUUCGUUGCCACCAGCUAUGACUAUGAUGGUCUCCUUGAUGAAUACGGACUUUUAAACGAACCAAAAUGGGGGCAUCUGAGAGAUUUGCAUAAAGCAAUAAAGCUGUGUGAGCCAGCUUUAGUGUCUGUAGAUCCCACAGUGACAUGGCCUGGGAAAAACCUUGAGGUACAUGUGUUCAAUACUUCUGGUGCUUGUGCUGCAUUCCUAGCAAACUAUGACACCAAAUCUUCUGCAACAGUUACAUUUCGAAAUGGACAAUAUGACCUACCACCUUGGUCUAUCAGCAUUCUUCCUGAUUGCAGAACUGCAGUUUUCAACACUGCCAGGCUCGGUGCUCAAAGCUCUGUCAUGAAGAUGACUGCUGUGAACACUGCAUUCGAUUGGAAUUCGUACAAUGAAGAGCCUGCAUCGUCCAGUGAAGAUGAUCCCUUCACAGCAUAUGCACUCUGGGAGCAGAUUAAUAUCACCCGAGAUUCUACAGAUUAUUUGUGGUAUAUGACAGAUGUCAACAUUGAUGCAAAUGAAGGUUUUAUUAAGAGUGGACAAUCUCCUGUUCUUACCGUAAUGUCAGCUGGCCAUGCUCUGCAUGUUUUCAUUAAUGGUCAACUUUCAGGUACUGUGUACGGGGGAUUGGAGUUUCCUAAAUUAACAUUUAGAGACAGUGUUAAGUUGAGGGUUGGCAAUAACAAGAUAUCUUUACUAAGUAUUGCCGUGGGUCUCCCGAAUGUUGGGGUACACUUUGAGACAUGGAAUGCAGGGGUGUUAGGCCCAAUCACACUUAAUGGUCUAAAUGAGGGGACUAGAGACUUGUCUAAACAGAAAUGGUCUUACAAGAUUGGUCUCAAGGGAGAAGCCUUAAACCUUGACACUGUAAGAGGGAGUAGCUCGGUUGAAUGGGUACAAGGAUCAUCAUUGGCUAAGAAACAACCUUUGACAUGGUACAAGACGACGUUUAGCACACCAGCAGGCAAUGAUCCAUUGGCUCUAGACAUGAUUAGCAUGGGAAAGGGUCAAGUAUGGGUAAAUGGUCGAAGCAUUGGACGCCAUUGGCCUGGAUAUAUAGCACGCGGUGGUUGUGAGGAAUGUUACUACGCUGGAACUUACACAGAUAAGAAAUGCCAGACAAACUGUGGAGAACCCUCCCAGAGAUGGUACCAUAUUCCUCGGUCGUGGCUGAACCCAAGUGGGAACUAUCUGGUUGUGUUUGAAGAAUGGGGAGGGGACCCUAGUGGAAUUUCUUUGGUGAAAAGAACAACAGAAAGUGUUUGUGCUGAUAUAUAUGAAGGGCAACCAACUCUAAAAAACAGGCAGAUGCUAGACUCUGGCAAAAUUAAUAGACCCAAGGCUCACUUGUGGUGUCCACCUGGGCUAAAGAUCUCCCAGAUUAAAUUUGCUAGUUAUGGAUUGCCACAGGGAAAUUGUGGAAACUAUAGAGAGGGAAACUGUCAUGCUCACAGAUCAUAUGAUGCUCCUGAAAAGAACUGCAUUGGCAAGCAAUCUUGCAUGGUGACUGUAGCUCCUGAUGUUUUUGGGGGAGACCCAUGUCCGGGAAUUGCAAAGAAGCUGUCACUUGAGGCGCUGUGCAGGUAG